AUGGCCUUUGAAAUUCAAUCCCAGUUCAAUCCAGUUUGUCUUGCGCGGCUCCGAGGUACGUUAAGCAGAGGCUCGCGGUCCUGUGAGCAGCAUCUCAUAGUUUGGGUCCUCCUCGAUGUGCCAGUCAGCUUGGGACAAGGAGUCCUCGAGUACGCAAUCGUCAUAAACGACUUCUUUUCUCCUUCGUUGCCGAUAGCAGAUGUUCUUUUCCAUCGUGUGGCUAAGUCGUAUUUCCGCGCGACGGAGACGGCGAUCAAAAGCAUUACAAAAGGAUGGUACUACCGAGACGUCGAGCACACGCUACCUUCGGUUGGAGAGUAUGUGGUCGACUUCCGCACGAGCCGCGCCACUGGGCGAUUCCCAUGUCCACCGACGAUGAUCUUUUUUCAUGAAAAGAGAGUUCCCAUGAAAGAGGCGAGCGGCGGACAACAGCCCGGCGAGGCGAUUGCCAGUUUCAUUCCGGUCCCCUAG